UAUAUUUAUUUACUCUUCCCUUUCUCCCACAAAAGAAAAAAAAGGAAAAAAAGGAGGAGCCUUAUUGUCAUAUUUGCAGAGAAAGCUACUUCACUCCUUUCUCUUCCCUUCGUCUCUCCGUCUCCCCUCAUCCCUACAUUUUUGUUUCCUUUCCCACUUGAACCGUUUCUGUUGCUUGCUUUUCGAGCAUCUUCGAAUUUGUUCUUCUGAUUUCACCUAUUCUGGUUGGGUGGGAGAGGAGAUAAUAGCCUUUGCCCCCUUUGAUGGCUGCGGCAGAAUCUGGAACCGAUCGGAACAGCUUUACUUUUGGAUUUGGAUUUGGAGUUUUCCCGUGAAUGAAUCUGUUUGUUUCUCUGCUGUCUAUGUUAUGGGGAAGAAUACUGACGAAGAGCAGAAUCUUCCUGUGAGCGACGGAGCUGCUACGGCUAGGAAUAAUAACGGAGGAGGAAGAAAUAGUUGUUGUUGCUGCUGCGUUCGGAUCUCUAGAUACUUUAGUCUCAGAUGCGUUUUGAUUCUUGCUUUCUCCGCUGCUGUCUUUCUCUCCGCCUUGUUUUGGUUACCUCCAUUCCUCGGUUUUGCAGAUCGAGGUGAUCUAGAUCUCGAUCCAAGGUUUAAAGAUCACCGAAUAGUGGCGAGUUUUGAUGUUGGAAAACCAGUUUCGUUCAUGGAAGACAAUUUGUUGCAGCUUGAGAACGAUAUCACCGAUGAAAUAAGCUUUCCUAUGACCAAAGUUGUGGUAUUAGCACUUGAACGCUUGGGCGAUCUUAACAGAACAAUGGUUAUUUUUGCCAUUGAUCCCGAGAAGGAGCAUUCUAAGAUACCUGCUGAAAUCGAGAGUCUGAUCAAGGCAGCUUUUGAAACUCUUGUUCAAAAGCAGUUGUCUUUCCGCUUGACUGAAUCUUUGUUUGGGGAACCGUUCUUUUUUGAAGUUCUUAAAUUCCCUGGAGGUAUCACUGUGAUCCCUCCCCAGCCUAUAUUUCCCCUGCAGAAGGCGCAACUUCUCUUCAACUUCACAUUGAACUUUUCGAUUUACCAAAUUCAAACAAACUUUGAGGAACUCACUAGCCAGCUAAAGAAGGGUAUUAAUCUGGCUCCUUAUGAGAACUUGUACAUAACCUUGUCAAAUUCCAGAGGUUCAACAGUGGCGCCUCCUACAAUAGUUCAUUCUUCUGUUCUGCUCACAUUUGGUUCUUCUUCGAGGUUGAAGCAACUUGCUCAAACAAUCACUGGCUCCCAUUCCAAAAAUCUCGGCCUAAACCACACCGUAUUUGGUAAAGUUAAGCAAGUUCGUCUUUCCUCGAUCUUACCACACCCACCCGCCACAUCAUCAUCCCCUUCCCCUUCUCCUCAGCCUGAAACCCACGAACACCACCACCAUCAUCCUCAUCCCCAUCAUCAUCAUCACCACCAUCAUGAACUUGCUCCAGAACCUUCACCAUCACCUCCGACUAAAGGCCUUGCACCUGCAUCAGCACCAACCAAACACAAACAUUCACCUUUACCCCCGGCAAAGCCGCCUUGCCCUUAUGAGCAGAGGAGACCAAAAGGAAACAAUGCUCUGAACCAUCAUACUGCACCACCAACGUCUGCACCACAUCGGUCUCAGCCACACCCACACCCACAGCAACACCCACACCCACCAGCACCAAACCCUACCCCGCCACGUCAUCAUGUCAUCCCAGUAUCUAGUCCACUUCCCCACGUUGUAUUUACUCAUAUCCCGCCUCCAUCAAAAAGCAGCCCAGAAUCAGAACCAACUAGAGAACAAACUCCCUCACCUGCUCCAACUCCAUCUUCGGCGAGCAUUGGUCCAACCUUCAAAAAGGCAUCAUUGAAGCUCCUUGUAGUAGUAGCCGUUGUUAUCAUCUGUCUGUAAAAUAAAAACAAAAAAAAAAAAGCGCCGGAAGAAGCUGCUUUUAACGAUCAAGCUGUAAAAAGUAGCAGCAGUUCAGAAAAGCACAACUCCUCCGGUCACAACAUCAAUCAAGGUAAUUGUAUAAAGGAACACAAGGGAAAGAAAAAAAAAAUGUAUGUAUGAAAAAUGAAGAGAGGUUUUUUUGUAAAAGAGAGAUGUUGAGGUUUGCAACACAAAAGUGUGUCUUGCACCUUACAUCUGAGAAGAAAAAUAACAUAAUAUAUAAAAAAAAACAUUUCUGCUUUUAAUUUGUAUAUAAAGUAAUCUUGUUUCAUGAAGAAGCAUAUUAUAUAUC